CCCUUAACAGUUAACUGUGAAGCAAGCACUCAAACACACAUUUCUCCUUUUACUCUCAUCACCACCAAAUGGCACGCGGACUGAAGUAUUCAUUGGGCUUUACCCUUACUCUCAUCAUCACCAUUUUAUGGGCCGGCACUGAGGCCCAAUCCAACGACUGCACCAACGUCCUAAUCAGCAUGUCCCCCUGCCUGGAUUACAUCUCGGGCAACUCGAGCAGCGGCCCGUCAAGCGGCUGCUGCACGCAGCUGCGGACGGUGGUUGGGACCCAUCCGCAGUGCCUGUGCCAGUUGCUCAAUUCCAACUCCAAUUUGGGCCUCAACAUUAACCAGACACAGGCCCUCGCCCUGCCUGCUGCUUGCAAUGUCCCAACCCCACCCACCAGUCAAUGCCGCAAUGUUGCAGCUGCAUCUCCAUCUGGCUCCCCUGGGUCAAGACCCAAUUCUCCAAACACAAAUUCAGGGGGUGGAUCAGAAAAUGUGCCAGACGGUUCCUCAGAUGCAAAUUCCACAAAAUUGGGGAUGUCUCUGCUAUUUUCUCUUUUUCUCGUGGCAUCCUUUGUUUCUACUUUAGCAAUGGCUUGAUUUCUUUGGAUUUAUUUUGUGCCAUUUUUGGCAGUUUUUCAUUCAUUAUUUGAUACGGCAGUUUUUCAUUCUAAUAAGUGGAUGGAGGAGGGUUCGGGCGUUGUUUAGUUAUGAUUUGUUGCAUGUUUAUUGGAUUUGUGUCUGAUCA